CAUGAGGCUGUUCGGUACAAGGUUGAUGAGAGAGAAGCUCAGAGACUAGACGUGUUCUGUUCACAUUUACCUUUGAAGUUAACAGCCACCGGUGCAACAUGCUUGGUCAAGCCGUGCGCAGAUUCACCACUUCCGCUGUCCGCGCGUCUCACUACGCUGAGGGACCGGGACAGAACCUGCCCUUCUCGGUAGAGAACAAGUGGAAACUGUUGGGGAUGAUGGUGCUGUUCUUCGGCAGUGGCUUUACCUUUCCCUUCAUCAUAGUCAGGCACCAGAUCCUGAAGAAGUGAUGCUCUUGCUUAACUAAUAUGGUCAGUGUGAAUACGUGUCCACAGCAGCUCUCUUCAUUCUUCAGAUGUGGUUCCCUUAAUGCUUAUUUGUAAAUAAAAUGAUAUAAUGUUA